AUGAUUAAAACUGGAGUAUUUGAGUUGUUUUCAAUUUCUUUAACAGACCACAAUGAAAUAGAAAUAUUCAGCAUUCCUGGAUCAGGAGAGAUUCAAUUUAUGAAUCAGUUAAUAUCAAAUAUUCUUGAAUUAAAUGAACAAACGAUUGUUUAUUUUAUUAAUAUAAUACCCCAAUUUGAUUUGUAUGAUUUAUCGAACAGAAUUCGUAAUGAAGAAAAGUUUAAAAGAGUCAAAAUAUAUGAGUGUUAUCAUUCAUAUGAUGAAUUAGUGGCAGUACUAAAACAAAACCAACCUACGAAAGCUGAAUUACAUUAUUUUAAAAAUUCAUUAAUUGGUUUUUAUUCUUUAAUUAAUUCAACUUACAACAUUGAUAUGUAUUCAACGACUCAUCGUUUUAUAAUUGAGUCAAUAAUAAUUGAUGGAGAGUAUCAACAAGCAUUAAGACUUUAUGGUACAAAACAAGUAUAUUCAUUUGAAUGUUCUCAACAUGAUUUUAAAAUUAAUUGGAAAUAUUAA